ACCGGGAGAAUCCACCGACGGCGUCUCCCCAUGACAACGGCAGCCAGACAAUCUAAAAGCGUCCGGGUGGCGGGAGAGCCACGUGCAAAUAUGCAUUUUUGAACUGUUACAUUUUGUAAACACAUUUCAUCAGUUUACGUCAUAAUUCCUGUAUAUAUGAGCGUCGCGUGCAGUUGUCAUGUAGCGGAGGCCGCGCUGGAUUGGAUUGCGUUGCUGGGCGGGGAGGGGUGACUGAUCAGACGGCUGAGAGAUCUCUAAUCAAAAGCAUCGGCGAUAUUCGGACAGUUUCAAAGCUGGAUUGUGGAUUUCCCGCGGGGUUCAAGGAUGGAUGGAGGAGCAUUGGCAGAUGGGGACGGUGGCCAGAGAAGAGUGGAUUCGGUUGAGGGGGGCCUUGAAAUUGUUCCUCUGGAAAUGUACGACUCAGCUCGGGCCAAGAUAGAAGCCAACCUCCGCUGGCUGUUUGCCAAAGCUUACGGUGAAGAGCACAUCCCGACUGACCUGAGGGACCCGUUCUACACGGAUCAGUACUGUGUGGAGCACAUAAAGCCGCCGGUUCUCUCUCUCCUGCUGUCUUCGGAGCUGUACUGCAGGGUGUGUGGGCUGCUGCUGAAGGGCGACCAAGCAUCUGCGCUCACCUCCCAUCAGGCUGUCAUCCAGACGCUUGCGCGGCGGGGAAUAUAUGCCAGAGAAGCCGAUGACACACCCGUUUCCCACGAUGACCUCUCUUCUACCCCCAUUAAGAUGAGUUCUCAUAUUCCUCUGAUUGAUGCUCUGAUGAUGGCAUAUACAGUGGAGAUGAUGGCUAUAGAGAAAGUCGUGACAAGCGUCAAACGCUUCUCGAACUUUUGUGCAUCUAAAGAACUCCCCUUCGACAUGGAGGAAGCCAUGCUGUUGUGGAUUAACAAGGUCAUUUUGAAGACGAGAGAGCUCUCUGAGAAGGAACUCAAGAUGAAACAGCCGCUCAUUGAUUCGCCGUGCCAUCAGAAGUCUCCCUCAAAAUGGUACUGGAAGCUCGUGCCUGUACGUUACCGUAGAGAUCACCUGUCUGGACGUCCUUUUCCUCACCUGGCUGUGAUGGAGGAUUUGAUGAAGGAUGUGUGUGACGGGGCGGCACUUCUAACGGUUAUCCACUUCUACUGCCCUGAAUACAUGAGACUAGAUGACAUAUGUCUGAAAGAGGUACCCUCGCUCCCAGAUAGCAUGUAUAAUGUCCAUUUACUACGAGAGUUUUCUAACGAAUACCUGAACAGGUGUUUUUAUCUCCAUGCUGAAGAUCUGCUCUACGGCCCACCUGUACUCAAGCAUAACGUGAUGGUUUUCAUCGCUGAGCUGUUUUGGUGGUUUGAAGUUGUGAAGCCAGACUUCGUAAAGCCAAGAGACCUACAAGAGAUAAAAGAUGUGAGACCAUCUCUUCAGCCAAAGAGUGUCCACCCCCAUGUGCCCAUAUCCAGUGCCACCAAGCGUAGCUUCUUAACGCCCUCCCCUUCAGCCGAUUCAUUGGUGACUAGUGCUAAUCCUGACGGUUGUAUGAGGUAUUACCUGCAUACUGAGGAGUCUUUGUCUGUAACUAAGAGAAGCCCCGCCCACAGCCCCUCCUACCCGCUUCUCUCACUGCGACAAAGACCACAGAAGCCCAUUCAGGGCGAGGAGAAUUCAGAACUCAGGAACAGGUCAAACUCGUUGUCCCAUAUGGAUGGACCAUUACUUGGAUCACAUCUUGCCUGGGCGGAAAGGAAACAAAGGCGCAUCUCUCAGAUGGAGAUGGACUGGGAACGUGUUUGUGGCGAUAACGUCAGCUUGGCUCGUUCCAUUAGUAAGGACAGUUUAGCGUCUAAUGUCAUUUCCAUUACUCCACGACACAGAAUCAAUGGCCAGCCCCUCCCCCAGACAUGUCACUAUGACAACCAGGAGGGAGAGGAGGAGCUUGUGGCUGUCAGUAACCCUGAGGGUUCGUCCAGAUCUAGAGAUGCCCAGCCCGAGAGAUACUUCUUAGAACCGUUGCAACCUGCGGUUCUUCGAGCAAAUAAGGAGAAAACUGGAAUUGGUAAAUGGGAAGAGAGUGGCGAGGGGCGGACUCAAGCACGCAGGCGGGCGUACAACCCUACAGAAUGCACACUCAACCGGACGUUUACUCCGAUCAAUAGCAAUAGCAUAGAGCCAGAAAGCACACAAACUGGGUCCCCUACGCAAUCUGGAAGCUUCUUCCUGCAUGACGAUGCAGAAUUUCUUCGUACUAGUCCGCUCGGAGGUUGGGAACACAUCACAUCAGACUCGGAAUUUGAGGAAGAUGAUGAAGUGGAAGAUCAGGAGCGAGAGCUUGCCAAAGCGCUGCUAUUGCAUGCUAGCCUGAAGUGUGUAGGCCGUGGAGACAUAGAGGAGGAGUCUGCGAAGCUGCGAGAGGACGAUCGUGUACAAGAACGGGAUGAUAAGGAAAGCUCAAGUGGACGGGCCAGUCCGUGCCCCAGCAUGUUAUCGCAGGCCAGCAGCACAUCAACGGGCACUGGACGCAUGACGAGUUUUGCAAAACGGCGUAGACAUAAAGUUGGAUUUCCCGAUGGUUGCUACAGCACUGGCAGCUCUCAAACUACAACUCCUGAUGGGUCUGAAAGUGGCCUCCUUCCAUCAGACAUGAGCCCGAGUACGCCUUUUGGAGGCACCCGACCUGGCCUCGCUUCCGAUCUCGUCCACCUUCGCAUGCAACUGGAGGAGAAACGUCGUACCAUCGAGAUGCAGAAAAAGAAGAUGGAGACUUUGUCGGCACGCCAAAGGCUGCAAUUGGGCAAAGCAGCGUUCCUGCAUGUCAUUAAAAAGGGAAGGAGUGACACACUGCCACACCCACUCAAACCAGAAAUGGUGCCCAAAGAGAAAGAAUUGGCAAAGGACGACACAUGCGUGGAAGUUCUUAAAGCCCGAGGCAAGGAGGCAGAGCAGUGCCCAAAUAAAGAAAUAUUGCCCCAGGGUACACCGGUAACACCCUCAGAGGUGGAUAAGGACAAUCGUUUGAGUGUCUCGAGAGGGUGCGAAGUUUUGGACAGUGUAGGCGGAGAGCCGGAUCUUGGCGAAUGCAGCCGCUCUAUCGAAUUUCUAAACGAAGCCAUUGGAGCAAUUCAACAACAAAUGAUGCAACUUUCGCUGCAGCAGGACUUACUCAUAAAACAGUCUGUUAAGUCACCCCAAGAACACUCACAAACACAUGCAACCAAACCGAACACUGUGCCGUCGUUAAACGAAAACGUACCAGAGCCGCCGCAUGAGGCUAAGUCCCAUCUCUUCGUGCAGUUCACAGAAACUAUUUCCACCGCAACAAAGCGACCUCCAAGACUUAGCUCGAGUCGUGCGCUUCAGACGAAACCUACCAACCUCAAACUAAGCAAGGUUGCCAACAGUCGCCCAAAAGGAAGCACUCUGACAACGACUGGUAACCCUAGACCCUCACUGGGUGGCAGGACCCCCCGGGCUGAGAAUGAAGAAGAGGGUGAGUCUAUAGAGGGUGGGCUUGGCUCAAAAGCAAUCAUUGAAAAUACCACAUUCAAACUGCAUGACUCUGGAACACGAAGUGCUGACAGUCUUGACUCGGCCCGAACUGAACUCCCCACCUUGGAACCUUCACCUGUGGAUGCGACCUGGGAGAGGAGAGAGUCUGGUGGCUCUGGGGAAGAGAAUGUUGCAGUACCGUCUGAAGAAAACCGAAGCAAAGCUCAGCUCAUUGAGGUUGACCUAUCUGACCUGGCUGACCCUUCUGAAACAAGCAUAGAACCUGACAGUGAACAGAAGCCUGGACUGGGCUUCUUCUUUAAGGAUGAUCAGAAAGCAGAGGACGAAUUGGCUAAGAAGAGAGCGGCAUUCCUACUGAAACAGCAGCGCAAAGCCGAAGAGGCGCGAAUACGCAAACAACUGCUGGAGGUGGAGUCAGAACUCAAGCGAGAUGAAGCCAGACGGAAAGCCGAGGAAGAUCGUGUACGUAAAGAGGAAGAGAAGGCUCGCAGAGAGCUGAUCAAACAGGAGUAUCUCCGUAGGAAGCAGCAAGAACUGCUGGAGGAACAGGGCGUGGCCAAGCCACGCCCACGCAACAGGAGGCCACGCCCCAAAUCACUACACCGUGCUGAAUCCUCAUGUUCUACUCCGGUUAGUCUGUGUUCUGCUCCCUCUGGAUCGUCUCUCUCAUUGGCUUCUGCUGCUACUGAAGGUGAUAGUGUUGCAUCAGGAGGGGCCAGUUCACACAGGGGCGAGUCAGUGGAAUCUUUUCCCAUAUUGAGCCGAAAUGCAAGCAGGAACAUGGAGCGGGACUGGGACAAUGCAUCAACGGCUUCAUCCAUCACUUCUGUAGCAGAAUACAAUGGGCCCAGGUUGUUUAAGGAGCCGAGCACAAAAUCUAACAAACCCAUCAUCCAGAAUGCCAUUGCUCACUGCUGUCUGGCGGGAAAAGUCAAUGAAGCCCAAAAGAACGCCAUUCUAGAGGAAAUUGAACGUUGUGAGUCCAACCACCUGAUAAUCCUUUUCCGUGAUGGUGGAUGUCAGUUCCGGGCGCUUUACUCAUAUUCCCCCGAAAUGGAGGAGAUCCUCAAACUGAAAGGCACCGGGCCACGAUCCAUCAGCCGCAAAAUGAUCGACAGACUCUUCAAAUACAGCUCCGACCGCAAACAGUUCACUGUCAUUCCUGCAAAGUCCGUCUCUGUCAGCGUUGACGCUCUUACCAUCCAUGGUCACCUGUGGCAGGUCAAACGGCCGAGCUCCAAGAAAAAAUCAUAACCAGUUCCUGUUGGCUCCUUGGAUUUCUCCGCUGCUUUCUGAUUGGCUACUGGGCUAUAUUCCAGUCUCCUUUUGAAUUUAAUGGCUCUUUUCUGGCGAGCAGGCCUCCUUAUCUCCAAUUGAGCUUCAUUUUGCAUUUCCUAAUGGACUCCUGCUUUCCUAAUGGCUCACCAGAUGCUGCGCUCCAUUUGACCACUGCGCGGUGACAUAUGUGGAGAAUGGGAGGAGCAUAUGUUUGAUUGACAGUUAAUGAAUGUGCUUUAGGGUUAUUUUAUUGUUCACUGUUUUUAGGCAGAAAACUGCAUGUGGCACUUUUCUGUUCGGAGGAAGUUUGAUUUUACACAGGGACGAAAGAUUACACUUCCACUACUUAGUUUAUGAAUUAUGUACACAAGCGUGGGGACGUUGCUAUGGUUACGAAUGCAUCCUGUGUUUUGGGUUUCUUAUACCUCUCCAUAUGCUGCUGUUCAUAGGUGACGCUCACCUUAACAGUGCAAUGCAAUUUAAGAACCACAUGAAAAGGUGUGUGUGUGCGUGCGCGUGCGUGUGCGUGCAUGAAUGUUGACUUUGAAGAGUUUCCAGCUUUUCAAUGUCAUGGUUUUAAAAUGUUUUAUCAUGAGAUGGUUCUGUUUUAUCAGUUAUUUUGUCCUUUUUGUGUAUUCACGCUGCCUGCUGACAGUAUUAACUUUUCGUAAUUCUUCUCUGAGGAACCAGAUUGUCAUGGAAACACAUUGCCACUGAUUGUGUGUGUGUGUGUGUGUGUUCAGGAAAGAAUGUUUGCACUCCAGGGACUCCUGUUGUACAUGCUUGGAUUGUAUAAAACCUUGCUUUAUCUUUUUCUUUAUUAUUAUUAUUUACCAUAUAUUUAUUUUAAAGAGGAACACUGAAAUUUAAUAAAUUAUA